AUGCCUAUGCUAAGUCUGUGUUUUACUCAAGAGGACUGUGAGGCAAUUAUGAGUAUUCCCUUGGGCUCGGUGGUGCAUUUGCAUGAUCAUAAAUAUUGGUUCUUUGCUAAGGAUGGAAAAUAUUCUGUAAAAUCUGGUUAUUGGGUUGCCUUACGUCAAUGCAUGGGGGCUAUUAUGGAGGGAGGGAGCUCAGACACGAGCCCUCAGAAACUUUUUUGGAGGAAGGUGUGGGCUCUGAAGGUCCCUAACAAAAUCAAGCUUUUAGUGUGGAGGGCCUGUUCGAAUGUGCUACCCACUUCUCUCAAUCUAUAUUUUAAGAGGGUACUUCAAACUCCUUUGUGCUCCCGUUAUGGGAAAUCAGAAGAAACUGCUCUUCAUGCAUUAUGGAGCUGCAUGAGGAGUCGGAAAUUCUGGAAUCUCACCCCCUUUUAUUGUCGGCUAGAGGCCUACCAUGGGUCUUUUGCAGAUAUUUUUGAGACAGCCACUCAUGUCUUAUCGGAGCAGGAAUUAAAAAAUUUUGCAGGUUGUGUCUGGCGCUCAUGGCUCAUUCGAAAUGAUACUCUGCAUGAGAAGGAGUCAGGCAUUUUGGGAGAGGCUAUUGAGAGGACCUUCGAAUUCAUGCAAAGCUUCCAGCAGGGUAAUGCGAGAUGUAGGCCAACCUUGCUGCCUCAUCAUGUUUGCUGGAUUAAACCACCACACCAGUCACUAGAUCUUAAUUGUGACGAAGCGAUGGUGACUGAGAGCACUGUGCGUGGAUUAGGGGGUUUGUUUCGCAAUCAAGAUAGUGAGUUUCUUUGCGAUUUUGCUUGUGAUGGACCGGCUGGAUUUGAUGUUCUGGGAACUGAACUUGCGGCAAUGCGGGAAGGGUUGUUGAUGGCUUCAUAG